AUGCAUCUCCGACCUUCGUUUUCAGUGCUUAUCCUGGCAAUGAGCACGAGCAUCACAGCUGAGCUUCUAUCCCACGAUUCUUCCAUAGACGUUAAUAAUGCUACAGCUUUUGCUCUGAUCACAUUUGAGCCGGUACUUAGCGCUGUAGGACCAAAUACUUUUCAGAACCAAGCCAAGCUAUCAACAGCGACUUCUGAAGUGCUAGUCCGGCCAAAUGUUGAUACGCUCUAUUCGAAAGUUGUAAUUGAUCUUUCGCACUCCGACCUUAUACUUUCCAUUCCCGAGGUCCCAAAUAACCGUUUCUACGUGGCCCCUUUUUACGACUUAUAUGGAAAUAACUUUGCGAAUGUCGGAUCUGUCAACCAAAGCUCUCCUGGAGAUUACCUGAUCACAAUUUCUCGAAAUGAUGAACCUGGAAUUCGGAUAUUCAAUGAAACAGACAGCGAGUACACGAAGUAUAAAGGAGUCAUCAAGUUUGCAACGGUAUACGGAAGUAUCAUGUUCCGAAUUGUGGUGAACAACAAUGGAACAGAUCUUAACGCUGUCCACGCCAUCCAAGCACAGCUCAAUAUUACCACAAUUGAACGCAAAGAGGAGCCACUGGCACCAUUACUCACACCAACAUUGCUUGGCAAUGGCCAGCUUUCGAAUGCUGCACUCCUGCUCCCUUUCGAGUUUAGUCUCACCCAAGCAACGGAGACUCUUCAACUGCUCGCUCAAGUCAAUGCCGUGAAUCCACCAGAAGACAGGUCAGAUAUUAAGCAAGUUAACGACAUGUUCAGCGUCGCUGGAAUCGACGAUGGACAAUACACUUCUCCAGAAGGACUCGACUACGACAAAGUCUCCACCAUCAUCGGCGACCAAGUCCAAUCUUUCUUCGCGAACCAGUCCAACCACGGCUUUGAUCAGAAUGGCUGGUUCAACCUCCUCCCGAGCCUGAGUGGCGAUUAUCAUACUCACUACCUUGCUCGUACGUGUAUUGCCUGGUACGGCUACCUCCAACUUGCUCCCUCUGAGGCCGAAUACCCCACAUACCUCGACCCAACUGUCACUACUGCCUCAGGUUCGCUUCAACUGGCGGCCAACGAAUCCUAUAUCAUGAAUUUCUCUGGAAAGCCUCCCGUGACAGGUUUCUGGAGUUUGACAGCAUACAAUAGCACAAACUAUCUUGUUCCCAAUGCUUUGGAUAGGUACUCGCUUGGCGACAGAAGCAAUUUGACAUAUGCAGAUGGGACGCAGGUUUAUGCCAAUUCGACCAAUGAUGGAGCAUUCUCUAUUUUGAUUCAACCAGCUGACCAAGCGCCAAGUGCAAAUUGGACAACUAAUUGGUUACCUGCACCUGCGGGUGGGGGAGAGUUUGCUGUGAAUUUGAGGUGGUAUGGGCCUACUCCGGCGCUCACGAAUGGAACAUACAAAUAUCCUGUUGUGACCAAGCAGGGUACUGUUUACUAAGUAGAGUAACCCACGAUUUUGAAAGCAUCAGCGCAAGAAUUGAAGAGUUCAGGGCGUGCCUACCAAUCGGAGCUUUCCGAUGCGGAGUGACAUGUGAAACCUGCGAUAUUGUAGGAGGGGUACGAGAAGAUUACGAGACAGCGGAGAGAUUCUGCAAACUUUAAAAGGUAGUGCGAGACUGAAGACCCUGAUAAAGUUGCAUAUAUUUACUCGAGCAUAAGAGCCCCUUUGUGGUUAGAAUUAUCAAUUAGAACUUAC